AUGACAUCUCCGAAGAGAGAACGGCGGCGGAGAUGGGCUCCAAAAGCGAGAACUGGUUGUGGAACAUGCAAGAUUCGCCGGAAAAAAUGUGAUGAAGUAAAGCCUCAUUGUCAUAGGUGUGUGAAAGAUAAAUAUACUUGCGAUGGGUAUAUCAGCCCCAAAAUUCGGGUGGGCAAUCUUCAGGAGAGGAGUUCCUCGCAACCUGAUGCUUCAACCCUCGUACAAUCUAAACCGCAGCCAUGUUCUACUGUCCUACCACGGAAGCCUUCCUCUCGCCGGGACUUCUCAAGCGACAAGGACCCCCACGCCCUUGACACUAGGAGCACUUUCUACACCACUGUGCCUCUCAGAGAGCCUUCCAAUCCCUGGAGUCAAGACCUGGAUCAACGCUGCGCAUGGGACUUCUUCCUGACUGUCGUUCCGCUGUUCUCAACCACCCGUUUGUGGCGUUUCUUCUGGCAGUAUACUGUUCCUCAGGUGGCGUGGCAAUAUGCAUCCAUUCGCCAUGCAAUGGUCGCUCUUGCGGUUGCAUGCAAUUCCAGCAUAUCACCCUCUGAUCGCACAGAACUGCUCGUGUUGAAAAGCAACCUCUCGAUCCGAGAGUUCACAGCAGAACCUGUUACUUCAGACAUCGCACUGAUUCUGUGUCGAUUGUUGACGUGCAUUUCUCAAUGCACAGGCGAGUGGGCUACAGCUGCGAUACAUGUGAGGAACGGACGGAAGAUCCUCAAAGAAGCGUGUCACGAUGGUCCUUAUCAGACUGAUAUGGUCAAAUUGAUGGCCCCAACGUUGCUAAGUGUUUCGUCAGAUGUGGGUGAGGACCAUGAAAUUGUCGAGAAAAUGUCACCAAAUAAGCGCCAAUCGUUCAUAUCGCUGAAGUUUAUUCGCAAGGAAUACGGAAGGUUAUUGACUUCUCUGCAUGAGGCCGACUGGCCACGCGUUGACGGUGAUACGAACGCCAUUUUGCUGUUAGGUUGGAGCGCAUUAACUAAUGCCAUCAACUCAGUGGCAUUCCCAGGUGUUCUCAAAUACUCCACACAAGAACCACUUACUCCUGUGUCACAGGUUCGAGCCACCCUGCUGGGCGCGGGGUCAUUCAUGGCUCUAGAUCAACUUGUGGAUUUUUCACUCUCAUUAUUCCGUCAUAUCAAUAACUAUUAUCUUGUCCCUAAUUUCAAGAAUCAGACAGGGCCUGAAAACUGGAGAUCCCAUCUCAGGUUGUGUGUGGACAACUGUGUGACUCAUGCAGCUGAGAUAGAACCACGAAUAACUGCUGGCACUUUCUGGCAUGCGGAAAACCCCAGUCACUGUACGGUGGAAAGUCAUCUGGGACGGAUGGGAAGAAUUAAGGACAAGAAACUUCUUGAACUGCAGGAUCCAGAUCCCGGACGGCCUCAGCGUUUAAUGGACGAUUUGGGGGAUGACAGAAGGGGUUAUUACCUCGAGCAUGUCUGCCCUUACCGCAGCGGCUUCACACCAGCUUUCGUUUAG